AAAUGGCAGUGUACUGUCCAUAUUGUCGAAAUGAAUUGGUCGGACAUGUUGGACGUCUUUGUAACUCCUGUCACGGUGACAUUGGCUUUUUGGCACCUGUUCUAUAUGGCAGAGGAACAGUAUCAGGUCAAAUGACAGAGGCAGCCCUCUUCCAUCAAUACUUCGCCGAGCGCCACAGAACUGAGGAUGCUGCACAACUGGAACUUGGUGACCUGAUAGAAAUCUUCCGUGCUGGCUAUCAGCACUGGGCUGUGUACGUUGGUGAUGGGUUCGUUGUUGAAUUGGUUGCCUUUGGAACAGGCAGUUCUGGGGUUUCAUCAACCAUAUCAGGAUUUUUGGUGGGGGGCCAAGUGAGGAAAGAAAAACUCCAAGCUGUGGUUGAAAAAGACAAAUGGGAAAAAAAUAACACAAAACAUCCGAGCAGCGACAACCAGUUGAGACCCAGGCAAAAGCAUGAAAUUGUGAAAGAAGCCCUUUCACGUGUGGGAAUGACUCAGUACAGUGUUUCCCGGUGGAACUGUGAGCACUUUGCCACCUUGUGCCGUUAUGGAAAAGCCGUGUCUCUUCAGGUGAUGCAGGCGGCAGAUACUGUUGCUAAGGCCGGAAUUUUUGGUUUGCUGGGUUCCUUGGCUUCAGGAUCCAUGUCCUCAGCUGUCCCAGGAUCCUACUCCUCCUGAAUAUAUUC